AACAGCCCAGGUUGUCGCCAUUUUGUCAGUGGCUUUUUUAAUCUUUCAAAUGUUUUCGCUUCCCGCCUGAAUAAUGCAGUCACCCGCCAGUAACAGCGACAGUUUUGGAAAGGGUUCGUUAAAAGCGUUGAAUUGAAACCAACACCAGGACGAAGUACCGGAAUGUCAGGACUAUAUUUAGUGGGCUAGUAGUCCGUGUCUCGGGUCCGCCGGGCCGGUCCGCUGCGCAGGUUUGGAACGCGCGCCAUUUUGUGGAAACUGACAGAAAACCAUAACGAAAAAGUGAUGCCUUUAAAUGUAGAUGCAGGUGUAACAUUAGGACGUCGUUCGUUUUUCGCCUCCGAUUUUGCUUUUGAAAACAAUUAAUUUACGUUCUCCGCUGUCCAGAAAGCAAAAAAUCUUGAAUGCGCGUUUGUGAACGCUAGCUUGCUAGCUCCGUUGGUUAAAGUCACUGAGAGAGAACGCGCUAACUAGCCGCUAGCAUUAAUUUCACCACUUGUUAACAAUGAUUGAUGCACGUAUUAGGGUUGACACUGGAAAAACUGGACUGGAAAUCCGUUGUCUUACCUGUCAUUUAAAAUAGGAAGCCAUUUGGCCCUGUCUGGCUCAUUACAUUAGGGGUGUCUCGUUGGAAGCAGCGUAGAGAAACUGGAUAAGUCGCCCCUCUUUACUGGAUCUGGGACUUUAAAUGAAGAUCACACCAUCACAGGGGGAGAGACCUCAGCAUGCAAACCCUCGUCUGUCCGGCUUGCACCCUCUCUUUCUUUCCAUGCUGCUGGUCUUCAGAUGGCUGCUCCCAUGCCUCAUUCACACCAGCAGUACAGUGACUGUCACCAACAGAGUACAGACCAGUCUGUCACUGUACUGCCAUACAGUGAACAGGCACAAGCACUCACUGCCAGCCAGAGGCACAUGCCCCAGUGCUUUCGUGACCCUACUUUAGCUCCUCUGAGGAAGCUCUCCAUAGACCUGAUCAAAACCUACAAACACAUCAAUGAGGUGUAUUAUGCAAAAAAGAAACGACGGCAUCAACAGGGUCAAGGUGAGGACUCAAGCCACAAGAAGGAAAGAAAAGUAUUCAAUGAUGGCUAUGAUGAUGAGAACUACGACUACAUUGUCAAAAAUGGGGAGAAAUGGAUGGACCGCUAUGAAAUUGACUCUUUAAUUGGAAAAGGGUCAUUUGGACAGGUUGUAAAAGCCUACGACCGUGCUGAGCAAGAGUGGGUAGCAAUUAAGAUUAUCAAGAACAAAAAGGCCUUUCUCAAUCAAGCUCAGAUUGAAGUACGGCUUCUCGAGCUUAUGAACAAACAUGACACUGAGAUGAAAUACUAUAUAGUACACUUGAAACGGCACUUCAAGUUCCGGAAUCAUCUUUGCUUAGUAUUUGAAAUGUUGUCAUACAACCUGUAUGACUUGUUAAGAAACACGAACUUCAGAGGUGUCUCUUUGAAUCUGACACGAAAGUUUGCCCAGCAGUUGUGUACAGCACUGCUAUUUCUUGCCACACCUGAGCUCAGCAUCAUCCACUGUGAUCUAAAGCCAGAGAACAUCCUGCUAUGUAACCCCAAGAGAAGUGCCAUCAAAAUAGUGGACUUCGGGAGCUCCUGCCAACUGGGACAAAGGAUAUAUCAGUACAUCCAGAGUCGAUUCUACCGCUCCCCUGAAGUUUUAUUGGGAAUGCCAUAUGAUCUGGCCAUAGACAUGUGGUCACUAGGAUGUAUCCUGGUGGAAAUGCAUACAGGGGAGCCUCUGUUUAGUGGAGCCAAUGAGGUGGACCAAAUGAACAAAAUUGUUGAAGUACUUGGGAUCCCUCCUAGUCACAUUAUGGACCUAGCACCAAAAGCCAGGAAAUUUUUUGAGAAGUUGUCAGAUGGGACAUGGAGUGUUAAGAAGACCAAAGAUGGGAAAAGGUACAAACCUCCAGCAUCUCGAAAAAUCCAUGCCAUCUUGGGAGUGGAAUGUGGUGGACCAGGCGGUCGCCGGGCUGGAGAAUCUGGCCACGCAGUAGCUGACUACUUGAAGUUCAAGGACCUCAUCCUCAGAAUGCUGGACUAUGACCCCAAGACGCGAAUUCAGCCCUACUAUGCUCUCCAGCACAGUUUCUUCAAGAAAACGGCAGAUGAGGGAACCAAUACGAGUAGUAGUGUGUCGACAAGUCCUGCACUUGAGCAGUCACAGUCAUCAGGGACCACUUCUAGUACAUCCUCAAGCUCAGGAGGAUCAUCUGGAACAAGCACCAGUGGGAGAGCAAGAUCUGAUCCAACUCACCACCAUCGGCAUAGUGGUGGGCAUUUCGGUACAGUCAUGCCCCCCAUAGACUGUGACAACCUUUGCCCUCAGCAGACAAGACAGCCUUACCAUCCACCAGUAGUAUGGCCUGGAAUUGUAGGACCAGAUCCUGUCACUGUAGAGACUCAUCCAGUCCAGGAAACCACUUUUCACGUGCCUCCCCAGCAUCCCAAGGCAUUGCACCCCCAUCACCAUCAUCAUCACGGACAGGUCAUAGCAACUCGACCACGACCGCGACUCUACAACUCGCCCACCAACAGCGCCUCCACUCAAGACUCCAUGGAGGUGGUGCACGGCCAUCUGUCUAUGACAUCCCUGUCUUCCUCGGCAUCCUCUUCCUCCACAUCUUCCUCUUCCACAGGAAACCACGGCAACCAGGCUUACCAGCUUCGCCAGCUUCCUGCCAAUUCCCUGGACUUUAGACAAAUUGGGAGUAUGGGUUUGGGUGCCUUCUCAAAUCCUCGCCAAGAGACUGGUAUGGCUGGACAUCCUACGUACCCCGUUGCCACAAACACAGGAACUGGUCACUUUAUAACAGAGGGACACCUAGGCAUGAGACAAGGGAUUGAUAGGGAAGAUUCACCGAUGACUGGAGUCUGUGUUCAGCAGAGCUCAAUGGCCAGCUCGUGACUUUAGCUGAAAUUGGUUUGUUUUUCUGUGUGACUUUAUUUUCUUUCAUUUUUUUAUGGUGAUGUUUUGUUUUUUUCUGUUUUUCAAAAGGUGCAUAGAGAAUAAAAGCUGCUCACUUCUGAGGGGAGAUAUCACUGAACCGCUACAAAUUGAAGAGUAUUUAAAAAGUAUAUAUGUAUUACCUUAACUUUAUGUUUUCAAUUUCUAGAUAAUUUAGUAAUACUGCAAAUAACCAUAGUGAAACUGAGACAUCCAUCUGCCAUAUAGUACUUAUUUACCAUCUGUUACCAUUUGAAACCAGGAGAUUUUAUUUGCUUUUCCUUUUUUUUUUAAACGGUGAGCAUUUCAGAGCUGUGAGCUGUCGUACAGCUUUUAUAUGUGAAGCAAUGCAAAACAUUUGUUUAGUUUAAACAAGUGAAACAUUGGACAUUAUAAUUUGACUGGUUGUUCUUUUAUUUACCCUUUAAGUGAAACUUCUCUAAAGAGCUGUGUGUUUAAACCUGUAGCGUGUCAAGGAAGCAGUACUUGCAGUGAUAUUUCGUGUUGUCGGUAUUGUAUAACUCUUCAAGAGGGGACUCGUGGCUGUGGGGCUCCUGUGGCAAAUGCUGGCCUGGUGUUAUAAUGGAGGAGCUGGGGUUAGGGCUUAGACAGGCAGGUGCGGUACUCUCCAGUCUGGGCAUCUUUGACUACGUACAGCAACUGAGGAGGAGGUGCGCUGAGGAACAACAAGGGGGGAACAGAUCCAGAUCAAUCUGGCAACCCUUUGGCCUUACAACUUUUGGACCUUGACUGAAAAGGAGCUGGACUAUAUUAUUAAAUAGAGAUGGCUGUCCUCUAUUUUUAAGAUUGAAGUCCUUAAUUGGUUAGGGAAAGGGUAAAUAAGAAUGGGUAUUCAGAGGCCUUUAUUUAGCAAAGAUGGGACUCCAAAUUGCAGGGUCUUGAUUAAAUGUCCCAAACACAACUUCCUAAAAUUCUUUAUUAUUGCCGAAGUGGGAUUUCACAUUGAAGUUAGUCAUCCCCAUAUCAGACACCAUAAUUUGGCUUUAUUUUUACCCCGUCAAGCAUAUGUGGUUCCAUAUUGACAAACAUUGCAUCAGUUUGCCUCUUUGUGUUGAACACAGACGAUGUGUAAUGAAAUUUGUGUGACUGCCUUUUUUCUCCUCUUGAAUUAUGCUGUGAAUUUUACACAAAACAAUUUUUCUUUAUUAUUGUCUCCUCUUUUCUUUUGAUAAACCAAAGCUGUUGUUUUUUAUAGCAUUAGGUGUCUGUAAGAAAUAAUGUAGCAGUUCACCACUUCAGCCCAAGGUUCAUAAAAGUCCAUUUUAGUCUGUACGCUCUCUCUCUCUUUCUCAAACUGGAACUUUUGCUGAACUUUAAGUGUUAACUAAAUACUGAAAUUGGUUAAUAUAUGGAUAAACCUCCCUUAUUUGUUCCUUUUUAGGAAAUGUCUUGGGAGGAAAGGGACACUGACAGUUACUCUGCAGGCUACAGAGUAGCAAAGAGCUUACAAAUUAUUGCGAGGAAAGUGUUUUGUUUUGUAUUUACCUAGUCUCAGUCAGUGAUGCUGCCUUUUAUACCUAAUUUGAUGAACAUGCUAAUUUCUACCUUUUUAAAUCUAAGUGGCUACUUACAUUUAUUUAUUCAGGCAGUCUACUGUAGCUACUGUGACCUCUGAGUCCGAUUUUGUUAUCAAGUGAUUGGUCAGAUGCUUGCCUCAGAUGUAACUUAUUCAAAGGGAAACUAUAGGUAACCCGCUACCACACAGACACUGGGCUUGUGCAUGUUGUUUUAAAGAGAAUAUGUCUUUAUAUUCACUAUUCAGUCACAUUAAGGAUAGCUCACUAAGAUAUUUAUAUCAAGAGUUUGUGAGCUCCCCACCUUGCUAAUCGCAUUAGGUCUCAAUUCUUUAAAGAGAACAAAGUGUAACCCCCCUGUUUUUUACUAGCAGUUUUUGUUAAGACAGUGGGACACAAUCCUGCCUGAAAGUGUGUGUGUGUGUGUGUGUGGUGUUCACUUUUUAAUGAUUUUUUUUUCUUUCAAAAGACAUCACAACCAGAAUCAUGUUUGAUAUAUAUAUAUAUAUAUAUAACGAAUCUCACAAUGGCUAGUGGCUAUCAGAAAAAAAGGUUUAUCUGAAUGUUAGCUUGGUUUAAAGAUGUUUUUAUACAAAAACAUUAAAGUGAAGUUUGCUGAAGUUGACACAUACAUUCCAAAAAAUCCAAAUCUAAAAAUGAGAGAAUCUUUUAAAGAGUGCACCUGUUUCAGCUGUUACUAAAUGAGGUCUGAUUUAGUGCAGUUUUCAUGAAAUGCAGCCCCUUUUUAAUAGUUGAAUAGAAUUUAUGUAUAUAUUUAUAUUUUUUUAAAUAAAGGAAGUAUAGAACUCACUACAUUGCUCCUGCUGGUAUGUCAAUUACAUUGCUAUGUGUUUAUUUGGGCGUUAUUUUUUCUUGGUCAGUGGACCACAAUAUGCUUUUAGUCAAAUGCAUUUCAACGGGACAACACUAAAGGUAGGGCUUAUAUUGGGGAGAAAGGGUCAAAACGUGUACCUAAAGAAUCUUUUCACAGGGUAUGAUGCUGCAUGUAUGUCCACAUUUUCUAAUGCUCAUGGUUUGCUAGGUCUGCUUCUCCCCCUUUCUCUUAAAUGCAUUACAGAUAAAUGUCACUUAUACACAAGGUCAUGGUUUUUAAUUAAACAUUCUUCUGCCUUUUUAGUAUUCUUGAUUUCUUUGCAUAUUUUCUUGAUCCUUUUCAUGCAACAUGCACUAUAUAAUUGAACAGCAUGGGGAAAAGGAUGAGUGUCCACAGAUUGUAAGAUCUAGUCAAGACUUUGCUGUGUAUAUGAAAAUGCCCUUUGUAUUAUAUUCAAACAGUCUUAUGUAUGAUAUAUAAAAAUAACUUAAUUGA